AUGCUGCACCUCGUGCUCGCGGCCGCCUCCUGGCAAGGCGCGCGGCCCGUGGCCUCUCCGCGCUCCCUCCGCUCCUGCGCCAUCCGGCAGUGCGCCGUCGGCCCCCUCCCGGGCAGCUUUGUGGUGCCAAAGGUGGAUGAAGUCGCGGCACGGCUUAAGAAGGAGGCAGACACCGGUCACGUCCCCUUCAAUCCGGUCGCCGAAGCAGAUUUUGUCGCCGAGACGCUCUUUGUGGCCCGCCGGCACGACGCCAACGAGGGCCCUUACAUCCAGGCGGUUCAAGAGGUCGCUGAGUCUCUCGCGCCGCUUUUCGUGCGCGAACCGCACUACUUUUAUCUCUUCAAGACCAUGCUCGAACCAGAGCGGAUGAUCCAGUUCCGCGUGCCCUGGAUCGACGACAAGGGCCGCACGAGGGUGAACCGCGGCUGGCGUGUCCAGUGGAGCAGCGCGCUUGGACCCUACAAGGGCGGGAUGCGCUUCCACGCCACGGUCACGUCGGGGGUCAUCAAGUUCCUUGGCUUUGAGCAGACCUUCAAGAAUGCGCUCACCGGCAUGUCGCUGGGGUCGGGCAAGGGAGGCUCCGACUUCAACCCAAAGGGCAAGAGCGAGGCAGAGAUAAUGCGCUUCUGCCAGUCCUUUAUGACGGCGCUCGCGCCGCACAUCGGGCCCAACCGCGACGUACCGGCGGGCGACAUCGGCGUGGGCGCCAAGGAGAUUGGGUAUAUGUACGGCCAGUACAAGCGGCUCAAGCAGGGCGAGUUCGAGGGCGUGCUCACAGGCAAGGAUCCGGCCUGGGGCGGGUCGCUCAUCCGGCCCGAGGCGACAGGGUACGGCUGCGUUUACUUUGCGCGCGCGGCGCUUGAGGCGCACGGGCAGCACAUCGCGGGCAAGCGCGCGCUCGUCUCGGGCUCGGGCAAUGUCGCGCAGUUCACCGCCAAGAAGCUGCUCGCGCUCGGCGCCAAGGUGCUGACCUUCUCCGACUCGGAGGGGACCGUGCACGAGCCCGACGGCUUCACCGAGGAGCAGCUCGCCCAGCUCGUCGCCGUCAAGCAGAAGCGCGGCGGCCGCGUCUCCGAGUACGCCCGGCUGAGCCCGACCGCCGUCUUCCUCGACGGAGAGCGCCCGUGGUCGAUCGCGGCGGACAUUGCAUUCCCCUCCGCCACGCAGAAUGAGAUUGACGACGCCGACGGCGCGGCCCUCGUCGCCAACGGCGUGGUCGGCGUCUUUGAGGGGGCCAACAUGCCAUCGACCCCGGAGGCCAUUGCGCGCUUCGAGGAGCGCGGCGUCAUCUUUGGCCCCGCCAAGGCGUCCAACGCGGGCGGCGUGGCCGUCAGCGGGAUGGAGAUGGCGCAGAACGCGCAGCGUGUCAGCUGGGACGCGGAGACCGUGGACCGGGAACUGCAGGCGGUCAUGACGAGGAUCCACGGCGAGUGCCACGCCGCGGCGGUCGAGUAUGGUUUCGGAGGGAACCUGAAGGCGGGCGCAAACAUUGCGGGCUUCAAGCGCGUCGCCGACGCCCUCCGUGACCAGGGCGCGGUCUGA